AGAGAUCCUAGAAGGAAUUUUCGAAUUAAAUGCGAUCUUGGUGAGAUCGAGAAAUAAUACUUGCAGGUGAUAGAUGAUAAGAGGAGAAAAAGAGAGAUAGAAAAGGAGAGAAAGAGAAAGUGAGAAAGAGAGAGAGAGAAAAGAAAGAUUCCACCGUCGAGCAUGGCCUCGGUGGCAGCGUGGCUGCCAUUCGCCCGUGCGGCGGCGAUCGGUUGGGUGCCGAUCGCCACACACCCACUGCCACCGCCGCCGAUACCGAAGGAUCGUCGCAAAGCCGACGACGAGAAGCUCCUUAUUAACGUAAGCGGUCGUAGAUUCGAGACGUGGAGAAAUACGCUCGAAAAAUAUCCGGACACGUUGCUCGGUUCGAACGAGCGCGAGUUCUUUUACGACGAGGAGAGCAAGGAGUAUUUUUUCGAUCGCGAUCCGGACAUUUUUCGUCACAUAUUGAAUUACUAUAGAACCGGUAAGCUCCACUAUCCGAAACACGAAUGUCUGACGAGCUACGACGAGGAGCUCGCUUUCUUCGGCAUCCUACCGGACGUGAUAGGCGACUGCUGUUAUGAGGAUUAUCGCGAUCGCAAACGCGAAAAUGCGGAACGUCUGAUGGACGACAAACUCAGCGAAAACGGCGAUCAGAAUCUUCAGCAGUUGCUCGAUAUAAGACAAAAGAUGUGGCGAGCCUUCCAAAAUCCGCACAUCUCAACCGCGGCAUUGGUCUUCUACUACGUUACCGGUUUCUUCAUCGCCGUGAGCGUGCUGGCGAACGUGGUGGAAACCGUGCCAUGCGGCAAUAGACCUGGUCGUGCGGGUACACUUUCAUGCGGCGAACGAUACAAGAUCGUCUUUUUCUGCCUCGACACCGCCUGUGUCAUGAUCUUCACCGCCGAAUACUUGCUCAGGCUUUUCGCCGCGCCAAGUCGUUGCAAGUUCGCGCGAUCGGUGAUGUCGAUCAUUGACGUAGUCGCUAUACUGCCCUAUUACAUCGGUCUUGGUAUAACCGACAACGACGACGUUUCCGGCGCUUUCGUAACUCUACGCGUAUUCCGCGUAUUCCGAAUCUUCAAGUUCUCCAGGCACUCCCAGGGCCUCAGGAUUCUUGGUUACACCCUAAAGUCCUGCGCAUCCGAACUUGGCUUUCUUGUAUUCUCCCUCGCCAUGGCCAUCAUCAUCUUCGCCACCGUCAUGUUCUACGCGGAGAAGAACGUUGACGGUACGAACUUCACCUCGAUACCUGCUGCCUUCUGGUACACCAUCGUUACGAUGACUACGCUGGGGUACGGUGACAUGGUUCCGAAAACGAUCGCGGGAAAAAUCGUCGGGGGUGUAUGCUCCUUGAGCGGUGUCCUAGUGAUCGCUUUACCGGUACCUGUUAUCGUCAGUAAUUUCAGCAGAAUAUAUCAUCAAAAUCAACGUGCCGAUAAAAGGAAGGCACAGAGGAAAGCGAGGUUGGCUCGCAUCAGAAUCGCUAAAGCAUCAAGCGGUGCGGCCUUUGUCAGCAAAAAGAAAGCGGCCGAAGCACGAUUGGCUGCGCAGGAGAGUGGCUUGCAGUUGGACGAGAACUACAAGGAGGAGGAUAUUUUCGAAUUACAACAUCAUCAUUUACUUCGUUGUUUAGAGAAGACGACGGAUCGUGAGUUCGUGGAAAUGGAGGUGCCCUAUAAUGGUGCCCCAAAGAGGCCAGGUUCGCCGUCACCAUUGACGUCACCUGCCCAUAGCACUGCCUCGAGAGGCGGCCUCCUGCAGUCCUGUUGCGGUCGCUGCUACCCUCAGCGUUACCAGCAGGCGUACAGUCAGUACAUCCCAGCUACAAGGGCCCAAGUUUCCGGGGCCCAGGGUGGGCAGACGGGGGUCGCCAUGGACGGCACUUACCUCGUCGAGGCCUCAUUUUGAGUGUCCGCUACGUAGUAAGAAAUCGAUAUGUCGAGAUAAAUCUUCAUGUACAAUAUAUACAUGACACAUACAUUAUAUAUGUAUAGAGAUCGAUAUAAAACAAUUCGAUUGAUAUUUGUAUAAACUGUAAAUGAAAUGAAAAGGAAAAUGAGAAAAGUAAAAAAAUUUUAAGAGUCUCUUUCUAGUUGACAAGAAGUCACAUUACCGAUUCGAGGUACGUACGAUUCGAGUCGUGUAUGAAAAUAUUUGAUAAUACGUGUGAAAGUGAACUAAAAUUAAAAGGAAAAAUAUAUAAAGGACAUUCUUAUAAAGCUCGAAAGCGAAAAGAAAUGUAAUAAUUUGAGACUAGAGGUCAUGAAUAAAUCAAGGAAGGGAAAAAGAAAAAGAGAGAGAGAGAGAGAGAGAGAGAGAGGGAGGGAGAGAAAGGGAGAGAGAGAGAGAGAGGGAGAGAGAGAGAGAGAGAGAGAGAGAAACGAGGUGAAGACAAAAUGAAAAUCGACAUGAAUUAAAAAAAAAAAAAUUAGUAAGAUACACCAAAAGAAAAUCUACUGUGUCAAUCAAUCAAAUUCUUCUCUAUUUCCUCAUUUCCGUGCUAUCUCCAUCGAUGCGACCUCUCGACCCCCCGGGAUCAUCAACGACGACGAUCGAUGAUGAUUCGAUGUCUGGAUUCUCUAUGCUGGUGGAUACGACGACCGCAAUGAUGACCAUCGUCGCAUUACUACCACUGCUAUCACCACCGUCACCACCAACAUCAAACCACCAUCACUGCCAUUCCGAUCAUCGCCACCAUCUUCAUCGUCAUCGACAUCUCCGUACAUCGACUUUGAACGCACUUCGAACACCACAAUGGCUCCCUCUUCUUGUCCGUUCGAUUUUUGACACACGCAAUAACAUAUUCUUUACGAAACGAUCGUUCGUUCUGAAAUUACUAAACAAUUAAAUCGCUGAUCAUUAUUAAUGUCGGAUGAACGAAACGCGUUCAUCAAAUGCGAACGACAAACAAUGGAACGACUGAACACGCACCAAAAAAAAAAAAAUAUCAAAACGUAAACCGCUCGUCGUCGUAAACGCGUGCUGCGAGUGCGCGAAAUCAAAAAUGACGUGUAAUGUAUUUAACGACACUCGGGACGAUAUGAAAAAAAAAAAAAAAAAAAAAAAAAAAAA